AUGGAUGAAAAAUUUAAGCUACUAUUCUUUAUUAAAAUUUUUAUGUUUACGCUUUUAACAUGGAUAUGUAUUUUUUACAAUGAUAUGUGUACGAUUAAUAAACCUAACGGUGAAAACAACAAUAAUCGAAAAAAUGUAGAUAUAAGAACUUAUCGAUUAUUAGUAAAAUGUACACAGGAUAAAGAUUCAAGUAUUACGGUAUUAAAAACAAGGAUACCAAAUAAUGAAGUGAGCAAGAAAAAAGAUAGAUAUACUAAUGAAAAAGGGACCUCAAUGAAAAAAAUAUAUUUAUGUGAAAGUUCGCGAAAGUAUAAUGAAGGCCAUAAACAAGAUAAGAAAAGUAAAUCUUGUAUAUUUGAAACAAAAAAAUAUUCUCGUUUAGAAAAUAAAAUAUUCAAAGAGCUUGAUUAUGUAAAUUUUCUUAAAAACAACAGGGAAAUUAGCCAUAAGACGUACAAAAAAGUAAUACUUAAAAAAUACGGAUUAAAAAUUGCUUUACCUCUGUUUUUUUUUUUGUUGAUAUCAGUCGUACUUAUAUUAGAUUUAGAAUUUAGUAGGACAUAUAGUAAAUUUUGGUUGUUGGAAAUAUCAGGGUUGGAGAAUAUUUCAGCAUUAACAACCUUUCUUAGUAAUCUGUAUAGCUAUUUAGAGUGGAUGAAGGCCAGUUCAGUUACAGUUGAGGCCAGUAACCAUGGGAAAUUUGUGUUAGGAAAAUUAUUUGGCAUUCUCAUAUAUUUCGUACCUUUUUUUAUACUAGGUGUCAUAUUUAUAUCAGUUGUUGUUUAUUACCAUAAAAAAGUUAAAAAAUAUGAAAAAAUUAAAUUCAGUAAAAGAUAA